GAAACAGAAAAUUAUAUGAACAAAAUAAAGAUCUUUAGAUCUAUUUUAAGCAAUUGUCAUACAUACAAUUUUAACCUGACCACUGCAGAUAACCUUUGAAGCAACAAGAGAUUUUGUCAGCGACGGGGCAGUUGCAAUUGAUGACAUCACUCUUAACGACGGGAUAUGCCCUAUGCCAAAUAAAUGUGAUUUUGAGAAUGGUGACUGCAAUUAUUCCCCUGGUGCUGGGACAGACUUCUUUUGGACUGUGGUACAGGCAAACUCGGGCGACCCUGUGCCCUCAAAGGAUGUGUCAUACAACAGUGGUGCAGGUCAUAUGAUUUUUGCUGACAUGUCAUCAGUCCAGUCAAACGACCAGUUGGGGAUAGUUGAGACUGGUUUGCUAGAUCCUACAGACGAUAACGGUAGAUGUUUUCAGUUCUGGUACCACCUUGGGACAAGCCGAGUGGCCAUUCUAAAGGUAAGCUUCCAGAGGGUUGGUUAUACACUACACAGUUUAUUUGGUUACAGAAGGGGGUCAACGCACUAA